AUGCUGGUAGACAUAAGAAUCAAUAGUCUAAGUGGACCAAGAUGGACCAUCAAUCAAAGAGAAUUUUCAGUUGGUGCAGAUAAAACAGUUAUAGGAGCAACUCCCAUGACAACUUUGCCAGGCGAACCUGGUAGAAUUGGUGAGCCAGUUACUGAACCUGUUUGGGCUAUUAAGACUCGUCCACCACCGGUGAUUGCCCCUGCCAUGAUUACCACUCCCCCGGGAGUUACUGUAUUAGGUACUAAACAACCUACAACAGUAGUACAUACAGUUGCUCCAAGUGUUUGGCAGUCAUGGACACCAUGGAGUGAGUGUUCUGUAACAUGUAAUGGUGGUGUUGAGACAAGGACCAGAGACUGUGAAAACACUAAAACUGGAGAGUCCAGUAUUGACUGUACUGGUGUUGAUGCCCAGACCCAGGAAUGUAAUACAGAGCCAUGUGAAGGAGAAAUAUGUAUGGAUGAGAAGGUGUACGUGGAAGACUGUGAUCAAUACCCAUCAUGUCCUUCAUCUUGCGAACAUGUUUCUGGCAUAACUGAAUGUGUAAAUCCAGACAGUUGUGUCCCUGGUUGUCGGUGCCCAGAUAAUAAGGUUGAACAAGAUGGGGAAUGUGUUGAGAAGGCAGAAUGCAAAUGCCCAUAUGAUAUGGAAAUAUUUGGAGCAGUACCCGUUGAGUUUAGUAAACUCAUCAGAACAACAGUUGCAGCAGCAGCGCCAGGAGAACCAGGUGGACCAGGGGGGAUAUUAGGCCCAGGUGGACCUGGUGGUCCAGAUGGCCCAGGAGGACCUAAUGGUCCUGGUGGACCUAAUGGCCCAGAUGGGCCCGGAGGACCCACAUCUUCACCUAUAAAAUCUGGAGAACCCCUUGGACCGGGUGGUCCUGGAGGCCCAGGUGGACCAGGUGGGCCAGGUGGACCAGGAGGUCCUGGUGGACUUGGAGGACCAGGGGGACCAGGAGGACCAGGGGGACCAACUCUAGCAACUGAUUUGACAUUGCCAUUAAAUGUGGGUGAACCUGGAGGACCUGGGGGGCCUGGAGGACCUGGAGGACCUGGAGGACCAGGAGGUCCAGGUGGACCUGGUGGGCCAGGUGGUCCAGAAGGGCCUGGAGGCCCUGAUGGCCCUGGUGGACCUAAUGGGCCUGGUGGACCCAAUGGGCCUGGAGGCCCUGGUGGACCAACACCAACUCCUGAGGAAAAAACAAAUAUACCAGAUGACAUAGGAAAACCUUUGGGACCAGGUGGACCUGGAGGCCCAGGGGGACCAGGUGGACCAGGAGGGCCUGGAGGACCGGGAGGGCCUGGAGGACCAGAUGGACCUGGGGGACCAAAUGGACCAACUUUGCCAGCAGGCAUAACUCUUCCAGAAGAUAUUGGUAUGCCAAGAGGACCAGGUGGGUUGUUGGGUCCUGGUGGACCACUGGGUCUAGGGGGACCUGGAGGUCCUGGAGGACCGGGGGGUCCUGGAGGUCCAGGAGGCCCACCAGCACUCACAAUUAUGACAACUCCUCCAGUAGCAGCUCCUGGUAAACCUGGUGGACCAGGUGGACCGAUGGGUCCUGGAGGACCUGGUGGACCAUAUGGACCAGGUGGACCUGGCGGACCAGGUGGACCAAACGGGCCUGGUGGGCCUGGUGGACCCACGCUUCCACCUAAAAGUCCUGGAGAGCCAUUUGGACCAAAUGGACCACUCGGACCUGAUGGACCAGGUGGGCCUGGAGGCCCUGGUGGACCAGGUGGGCCUGGUGGGCCUGGUGGACCAGGAGGGCCAGGUGGCCCAGGUGGGCCUGAUGGACCAACACUUGCUACAGAUCAGACAAUACCUUCAGAUGUUGGAGAGCCGAACGGUCCUGGUGGGCCUGAUGGGCCAGGUGGACCUAGAGGACCAGGGGGUCCUGGGGGUCCUGGUGGCCCUGGAGGACCAAAUGGGCCUGGAGGACCAAAUGGGCCUGGGGGACCAAAUGGGCCAGGGGGACCAAAUGGACCUGGUGGCCCUGGUGGACCACCUCCUGACGAAGAGGAUGAGAUACCAACAGAUGUGCUGGAGCCUUUGGGGCCAGGUGGCCCAGGUGGUCCAGGAGGUCCGGGUGGACCAGGUGGACCUGGAGGACCUGGUGGUCCUGGUGGACCUGAUGGUCCAGGAGGACCAAAUGGACCUACACUACCAUCUGAUGUGACUCUUCCAGAAAAUAUUGGCAUUCCAGGAGGUCCAGGGGGACCUCUAGGUCUAGGAGGACCAGGAGGCCCAGGUGGACCAGGAGGCCCAGGUGGACCAGGAGGACCAGGUGGACCUGGAGGUCCAGGCGGUCCUGGAGGACCAGAACUGGGAGAAGUUAUUACUCAAGUAACUGCAGUGCCACCACCUGAAGGGCUCAUUGAUGUGGAUACGAUAAUAUACGUCGACUGUAAUAACUGUACAUGUAUUGAAGGACAUCUGAAUUGUACAGAGGAGGUUUGUGUUACUGCUAAACCACCAUCAGCUACAACCCCAGUGCCGCCGCCACCACCACCAGGUAGGACUACACCACCUGUUGUGUAUCCACCUGGUACGUUCCAACCAACAGUCGCUGUAAAAGCUACUGUGCCAACAGUUACCUGGUCGUCAUGGUCACCAUGGGCGGAUUGUUCCAUGACAUGCAAUGGGGGCGUGCAGAUCAGAAGCAGAGAAUGUGAACACCCUAAAACAGGAGAAUUAAGCGACAUAUGUGUGGGUAUAGAUGUAGAGAGUAAGCAGUGCAACACAGAACCAUGUGAAGAGGAAACAUGCACUGAUGGAAAGAUAUUUGUGACGGCAUGUGGUGAAAUCCCGGCAUGUCCAGCAACGUGUGAUGAUGUUUCGCAAAUAACAGAGUGCGUAGAUCCAGAUGUAUGUGUGGUUGGCUGCCAAUGUCCACCCGGCCAAGUUGAACAAGACGACGAAUGUGUGGAGAAGACUGACUGCAGAUGUCCGUUCGACAUGAGCGCAUUUACAGAUGUCACAGUGUAUUUUAGCAGAUUAGGCGAAACAACAGUUAUUGGCAUACCAGUCGAACAACCAAAAAUAAGAGAACCAGGAGAACCAUUGGGCCCAGGAGGUCCAGGUGGACCAGGCGGACCAGGUGGACCUGGGGGACCUGGUGGCCCUAAUGGUCCUGGAGGGCCUGGAGGACCUACUUUGGCACCUGAAGAUACCCAUGAACCUGGUGAACCACUUGGGCCAAAUGGACCAGGAGGACCUGGUGGAGCUGGAGGGCCUUUAGGACCUGGUGGACCUGGUGGACCUGGCGGUCCAGGUGGACCAGGUGGUCCAGGAGGACCUGGUGGACCAGGUGGACCAACAAUGGCAACAGAUAAAACAAUACCUGAAAAUGUGGGCAAACCAGAAGGUCCAGGAGGACCUAAUGGACCAGGUGGACCAUUUGGUCCAGGAGGCCCAGGAGGACCUGGUGGUCCUGGUGGACCAGGAGGGCCAGGAGGACCUGAUGGUCCAGGAGGACCAAAUGGACCAGGAGGACCAAAUGGUCCAGGAGGGCCAAAUGGACCUGGAGGACCUGGAGGACCUACUGUACAUCCUGAGGAUGAACUUUUAAUACCAAAAGAUGUAUUGGAACCGCUGGGACCAGGUGGACCGGGUGGACCAGGUGGACCUGGAGGACCUGGUGGGCCAGGCGGUCCAGGUGGACCUGGAGGACCUUAUGGACCUGGUGGUCCUGAUGGACCAUCAUUACCUGCAGGUGAAACGCUCCCUGAAGAUAUUGGUAAACCUGGAGGACCUGGCGGACCAGAGGGACCUGGGGGUCCAGAGGGGCCUGGCGGACCUGGAGGACCAUAUGGUCCUGGAGGCCCUGGAGGUCCAGGAGGCUCUCCUUUAGCCACAACUUUGACAACACCAACAUUUAAAGCACCAGGAGAGCCAGGUGGGCCUGGUGGUCCAAUGGGUCCUGGUGGACCUGGUGGGCCAAAUGGACCAGGAGGACCAAAUGGACCCGGUGGGCCAAAUGGACCUGGUGGACCAGGAGGACCAACACUAGCACCCAAAUACACUAAUGAACCAGGUGAACCACUUGGACCUAAUGGACCAGGAGGACCAAAUGGACCUGGGGGGCCUCAAGGGCCUGGUGGACCUGGUGGACCUGGGGGUCCCGGUGGCCCUGGUGGCCCAGGUGGACCGACUCUUGCAACAGAUGAAACACUACAGCCUGAUUUAGGAAAACCUAAUGGACCUGGAGGACCCGGAGGACCAGGUGGCCCUGGUGGACCAGGUGGACCUGGUGGACCAGGUGGACCUGGUGGACCAGAUGGUCCUGGUGGACCUAAUGGUCCAGGGGGACCCAAUGGACCUGGGGGACCCAAUGGACCUGGUGGUCCAGGUGGACCAACUCCAACCCCAGAAGAAAAGGAAAAGAUACCAGAUGAUGUGUUGGAACCAUUAGGGCCAUUAGGACCUGGAGGACCUGGUGGACCUGGAGGACCAGGAGGCCCAGGAGGACCUGGUGGACCUGGAGGACCUGAUGGGCCUGGUGGACCUGGGGGACCUUCAUUGCCAUCUGAUGUAACUGUUCCUCAAGACAUUGGCCAGCCAUUUGGACCAGGAGGCCCUGAAGGCCCUGGAGAAAUCGAAACAACACCACCAUUUGCUGGUUUCAUUGAUUCAAAGACAAUCAUUCAUGUUGGGUGUGGUAACUGUACAUGUAUGGAAGGUAUGCUGAAUUGCACAGACAUUACAUGCGCUACUUCCCCACCACCAGCCGUUACUGAGAAGUGCACUGAUGGAAAGAUAUUUGUUGAAGAUUGUGAUGACAUACCAGCAUGCCCAGCUACUUGCGAAGAUCUGUACGCAGAAACAUGUAAACAAUCUGGAGUAUGUGAACCAGGUUGUCGAUGUCCAAAAGGCCAAUUGGAACAAGACGGGGAAUGUGUUGAGAAGGCUGACUGCAAAUGUCCGUUUGAUAUGGCUGAAUUUGAAACAUCGGAUGUCACAUUUGUGAAACUUGGAGUGGUGACGCCAACUCCAACAGCUCCUGCAGCAGGAUUAGGAGAACCAGGUAGAACAGAAGGACCAGGAGAACCAGGUGGACCAGUAAUGACAACCACUACCACACCAAUAUUGGUGAUACCAGGUGAACCAGGUGAGCCAGGUGAGCCAGGUGGACCUGGCGGACCAUUGGGACCUUGGGGACCAGGUGGACCAUUUGGACCUGGAGGACCAG